AUGUUCUGUCCCAUUCCGCCGGCGCUGGGAAAGCUCGCAGCGCUUCAAGAUCUGAACCUCGACGGGAACCAGCUAAGCGGUCAUAUCCCUCCGGAGCUAGGGAAGCUUGGCGCGUUGAAGACACUCGGACUCACCGUCAACAAGUUAGAUGGCCCCAUCCCAUCGGAGCUUGGGCACCUUUCAGCACUGAAGAAGCUCUACCUUUCCCGCAACCAGCUAAGCGGACCCAUCCCCAAGGAGCUGGGAGCACUUAGUAGGCUGGAGACGCUUUGGCUCAACGACAACAACUUCACAGGCACCAUCCCGGCGGAGCUGGGAGAACUCACGGCACUGCUAGAGCUAUACCUCAACGGGAACGAGCUGAGCGAACUAGCGGGAUAA